CUUCUUCAGGAAUACAAGGCCCUGACAGACAAACCAGACUGCCGCCCAGAUGUAUGGGUCUACCUGGCCUGUACUCUCUUCUUCCUGGGGCUUUACAAAGAAGGAGAGGAGGCUUCACGCAAGGCCCCUAAAUGCCAGCUGCAGAAUCGACUACUGUUCCACUUGGCUCACAAGUUCAAUGAUGAGAAGCAGCUGAUGGGUUUCCACCAGGAGUUGGAGGAUGUGACAGAGGACCAGCUCAGCCUGGCCUCCAUCCACUACAUGCGCUCCCACUACCAGGAGGCCAUCGACAUCUACAAACGCAUCCUGCUGCAGAACAGAGACUUCCUGGCCCUGAAUGUGUAUGUGGCUCUGUGCUACUACAAGUUGGACUACUACGAUGUGUCCCAGGAGGUGCUGGCUGUUUACCUGCAGAGCGUCCCAGACUCCACCAUCGCUCUCAACCUCAAGGCCUGCAACCACUUCAGGCUCUACAACGGAAAAGCAGCAGAGACAGAGCUGAAAAACCUGAUAGAUAUCUCCUCCAGCUCCUUUGAAUUUGCCAAGGAGUUAAUCCGACACAACCUGGUGGUGUUUCGUAGCGGGGAGGGGGCCUUGCAAGUGCUGCCUGCACUGAUUGAUGUCAUUACUGAGGCUCGUCUCAAUCUGGUCAUCUACUACCUCAGACAAGAUGAUGUCCAGGAGUCCUACCAUCUCAUCAAAGACUUAGAACCCACCACACCACAGGAGUACAUCUUGAAGGGGGUUGUGAAUGCUGCACUUGGACAGGAGAUGGGGUCGAGAGAUCAUCUGAAGAUUGCUCAGCAGUUUUUCCAGCUGGUUGGUGGCUCAGCUAGCGAAUGUGACACCAUCCCUGGCAGACAGUGCAUGGCUUCUUGUUUCUUUCUGCUCAGGCAGUUUGAGGAUGUGCUCAUCUACCUCAACUCUGUCAAGAGUUACUUCUACAACGAUGAUGCCUUCAACUUCAACUAUGCACAGGCCAAAGCUGCUGUUGGCAACUACAGGGAGGCAGAGGAGAUCUUCCUGUUGAUUCAGAAUGACAAGAACAAGAGUGACUAUGUGUACCUGAGCUGGCUGGCACGCUGCUACAUUAUGAACCAGAAGGCCCGUCUGGCCUGGGAGCUGUACAUGAAGAUGGAGACCUCAGCAGAGUCCUUCAGCCUCCUGCAGCUCAUUGCCAAUGAUUGCUACAAGAUGGGCCAGUUCUACUACUCAGCAAAGGCAUUUGAUGUCUUGGAGAGAUUGGACCCCAACCCUGAGUACUGGGAGGGCAAAAGGGGGGCCUGGGGUAUCUUUCAGCUAAUUUUGGCCAGCAGAGAACCCAGGGAGGCUUUGAGGGAAGUGCUGCCCUUGCUGAGGCACACUGGGAAUCCUCAAGUGGAAUACAUCAUCAGGAUUCUGAAGAAAUGGGCCAAGGACAACAGGGUUUCUCUGUGAUGUUAUCAUUCCGUACUUAAGAAUGCAUAGCCUAUAUGAAGAAAAGGGUCCUUUGGGCAAACUGACAGUCAAAUGCAAAAAUUCACCAAAAGUGCCAGUUUGUUCAUUGUACAUCUCUUUCCUGUUUGUUAUUUUGUUAGUACAUUGUAUUGGUGUCGUUUUUUUGCACAUUUAUUCUGUACAUAUUUGCUUAUGUGAAUAAAUAUUAAA